AUGCAGGGCAUGGAGCGUGGAGGCGCGGAGGUGGAGGGGGUGGGGCGUGGAGGCGCGGAGGUGGAGGGGGUGGGGCGUGGAGGCGCGGAGGUGGAGGGGGUGGGGCGUGGAGGCGCGGAGCUACCGCCCAGGAAGCGACGGGCCACGGAUGCAUUGGAUGGAGCAACAGAUUGGACGCGGCCACCGCUAGCAUCCGCAGAGGCAAAGGGGAGGUGGAUACGGGCGCUGCUAGACUCCGUGCGACACUCGGGACACAAGCGCAAACGGAUAGCUGCAGCACCCUUGCAGGCACUACGCGAGGAAGUGCGUCAGGACGUCCGUGAGAUGCUGCAAGAACAAAGAACGUGGAUCCUAGACGUGGUUACGAAAGCGGUCGAGGGGGCGGCGAAGCGGGACGCUGAAAAGGCGGCCGAUGCCAUCGAGUGGAUGGUGCAGAGGGUGGUUGACCUGUCUGAGAUGGUGUGCAAGAGGGUUGACGCGGUAGCCACUGAAGUACGCACCAAGCUUGACGGGGCGGAACAAGGUCGUAGUGCGGAACAAAGAAGGUCGGAGGCCGCUCAACUGGAGAUGCGGCGGGAAUUGGCUGACAUCAAAGCCGUGUGCGAGAGCACGGCCGCGAGUGUGCUAUCCACGUCCGACGCAUACAAGAGAUGGAGUGAGAGAGAGAGCGCGACGCUGUUAAACAUCUUCAUGGCAAGUCGGGCCGCUGCCCUAGACCCUGAAGACCUUUCGCAACUACUCCAGUCCAUGGUGGCUGCGUCGGGGCGUGGCAAUCGCGGAGCACCAGGGCUCGCCGGCCGCCAGCACGCCGCACACAAUCCGGAGGCACAAACCGUACUCGGAGGGGCAUGUGUCGACGGGACUUGCGGGCCGUCGAGGGACGCAGCGGCAGCCGGUCGAAGCCCAGGGGACAUGGGGAGGCCGGCAGGGGAGCGGGCGGCGGACGUAGGUAAGGAGAGCGGCACGGGCGAUGGUGUCGGGAUGGAAGGUGCCGGAGGGGAGUACGAGGCGGAUGAGGAUGUGAUUGAGUUCAUAUCGGACGAGUUCGCGGACAGCCCGGAGGAGGGACGGAAGGCGGAGAGGGACUCCGAGGAGGGAAAGAAGGCGGAGAGGGACUCGGGGGAGGGAAAGAAGGCGGAGAGGGACUCGGGGGAGGGAAAGAAGGCGAAGAGGGACUCGGGGGAGGGAAAGAAGGCGGAGAGGGACUGGGGGGAGGGAAAGAAGGCGGAGAGGGACUCGGGGGAGGGAAAGAAGGCGGAGAGGGACUCGGGGGAGGGAAAGAAGGUGGAGAGGGACUCCGAGGAGGGAAAGACGGCGGAGAGGGACUCCGAGGAGGGAAAGAAGGCAGAGAGGGACUCCGAGGAGGGAAGGAAGGCGGAGAGGUGCGAGGAGGCGGGGGAGCGGACGACGAACGUAGGUAAGGAGAGUGGCACGGGCGAUGGUGCCGGGAUGGAAGGUGCCGGAGGGGAGUGCGAGGCGGAUGAGGAUGUGAUUGGGUUCAUCUCGGACGAGUCUGCUGACAGCCCGGAGGAGAGAUGGAAGGCGGAGAGGGGCUCGGAGGAGGGAAAGAAGGUGGAGAGGGACUCGGGGGAGGGAAAGAAGGUGGAGAGGGACUCGGGGGAGGGAAAGGAGGCGGAGAGGGACUCGGGGGAGGGAAAGAAGGCGGAGAGGGACUCCGGGGAGGGAAAGAAGAGGGACUCGGGGGAGGGAAAGAAGGCGAAGAGGGACUCGGGGGAGGGAAAGAAGGCGGAGAGGGACUCGGGGGAGGGAAAGAAGGCGGAGAGGGACUCGAGGGAGGGAAAGAAGGCGGAGAGGGACUCCGAGGAGGGAAGGAAGGCGGAGAGGUGCGAGGCGGCGGGGGAGCGGACGGCGGACGUAGCUGAGGAGAGUGGCACGAUGGUGCUGGGAUGGAAGGACCAUACGGCACUCGCAUUGACUCUCGAAAGCAACACCAUACGCACCUAUUAA